AUGGUAACAACGACGAUUGAAUUUAAAAUAUUCGUACCAAAUAAGAAACAAGCGGAAUUGUUGAUUGCUCGUACUCAGGAUCGGCAAUCGCGUCAGCGAAUCUCAACGGUGAAAAAUGAUCAAACUGUUUAUUUUCAUUGUCAAGUAUCCAAUCUGGAAGGUGGUGAUUACGAAUACCGCGAUUUAAUCUACAAACUUGUUCCCCAAAUUACAAACCAGACGGAUGAGUAG